AUGAGCGUGUACGUCUCUGUUUUGCAAAGUACCCCUGAGCCCGAUUCACGAAAAACAUACACUCUACAAAAUUACUUGAACGAGGACUAUAAGUACAGAACAUAUAAGUUGGAGUGGAUUUCAGGAAAUCAGUAUCUUCACAAAACAGCUAAUGGGGACGUCCUACGUUUCAAUGCUGACAAUGGAACAUCCUCCGUAAUCUUGACAAAUACAACAUUAGAUGCAUCCAAGGCAACCACAGUUAUACUGUCUCCUGACCAAAAGUUUGCUCUUCUGCAGUACAGCUAUACAAAGUUGUGGAGGCAUUCCUAUACAGCUUCAUAUCGCAUCUAUGAUUUCAGUAGCAGUUCUGUCUUAGCUGAUGGACUACUACCUAAUGAUACACAAUAUAUAUCCUGGUCACCUGUUGGUCACAAACUGGCAUAUGUUUGGAAGAAUAAUGUUUAUAUAAAAGCUUCACCAACAGCAGAACCUGUGCAAAUCACUAGUAAUGGAGAAGAAAAUAAAAUUUUCAACGGAAUACCAGAUUGGGUCUAUGAAGAGGAAAUGUUUGGCACCCAUUCUGCUCUGUGGUGGUCUCCAAAUGGCAAUUUUGUGGCAUAUGCAAUGUUUGAUGAUACAGAAGUUCCUCUUAUAGAGUAUUCCUUUUAUUCUGAGGACACCUUGCAGUAUCCAAAGACCAUUAGAAUCCCAUAUCCCAAGGCAGGAGCUAAAAACCCAACUGUGCAAUUCUUUAUUGUGGAUACCAAAUCGCUUCCUGAUUCCCCCCCUGCUGAAAUAUCUCCACCUGCAGAAAUAAAAUCAGGGGAUCAUUAUUUGAGCGUCGUAACAUGGGUGACAGAUGAAAGGAUCUGUCUGCAGUGGCUCAGAAGAAUUCAGAAUUUUUCAGUCCUCACAGUCUGUGACUUUGCAAGUGCUAAUGGAAGUUGGUUGUGUCCACAGGAAAAACAACGUACGGAAGAAAGUAGAACUGGCUGGAUUGGCAGAUUUCAGCCAUCUGCCCCUCACUUUGCACCCGACAAUGCUACCUACUACAAAAUCUUCAGCAAUACAGAGGGUUACAAGCACAUCCAUUACAUAAAUGGUUCACAGGCUCCAGUACCUAUUACUAAAGGAAAAUGGGAAGUAAUCAGCAUAGAAGCUGUAACCAGUAACUUUUUAUACUACAUCAGCAAUGAAAACGGUGGAAAGCCAGGAGGAAGAAAUCUUUAUAAAGUACUCUUGGAAAGCAGUCCAAUUUCUACUAAAUGUGUUAGCUGUGAGCUGCAUCAAGAAAGAUGCCAGUAUUAUUCUGUGUCCUUCAGCAAAGACGCACAGUAUUACCAGCUAAAUUGUCGUGGUCCUGGCCUGCCCUUAUCUACUCUACACAGCAGCAGUGAUGAUCAAGUCCUCAGAUACUUGGAAAAUAACACUGAACUGGAAAAUUUAUUGAAAGAUAUUCAGAUGCCUUCAAAAACUGUUGCCUCCAUUCGUGUAGGUGAUUACAACCUGUGGUAUCAAAUGAUACUGCCUCCCCAUUUUGAUGCAUCAAAGAAGUACCCUCUGCUACUUGAUGUGUACGCAGGACCCUGCAGUCAGAAAGUAGAUUAUACCUUCCAGAUCAACUGGGCUACGUACCUUGCAAGCACCGAGGAGAUCAUUGUGGCCAGCUUUGAUGGCAGAGGAAGUGGAUACCAAGGGGAUGAAAUUAUGCAUGCAGUAAACCGAAGGCUGGGAACAUAUGAAGUGGAAGAUCAGAUAGCAGCAGCCAGACAAUUUUCUGAAAUGACCUUCGUUGAUAAGAAAAGAAUAGCUAUUUGGGGUUGGUCUUAUGGGGGAUAUGUGACCUCUAUGGUGCUUGGCUCUGGAAGCAGCGUGUUCAAGUGUGGAAUAGCGGUUGCCCCCGUGUCACGUUGGCAAUAUUAUGAUUCAAUAUACACGGAGCGAUACAUGGGCCUUCCUAUAGCAAGUGACAAUCUGCAAAACUAUAAUAAUUCAACAGUAAUGGCCAGAGCUGAAAAAUUCAAGGAAGUUGAGUAUCUCCUUAUUCAUGGAACAGCAGAUGAUAAUGUUCACUUCCAGCAAGCAGCACAGAUUUCCAAAGCUCUUGUUGAUGCUGAAGUAGAUUUUCAGGCAAUGUGGUAUACCGACAAAGACCACGCCAUCACCGGUCAAGCGCAUAAGCAUAUUUAUACCCACAUGAGCCAUUUCAUAAAACAGUGUUUCUCACUGCCCUAG